CAUAUGGUGACAGGUCUGUCAAAAUAAUGAUAGCUUGAAGAACAAAAUAAACAGAACAGAAAAUUCACAAUAUCGAAUAGAAGGAUACAAAGGUCAUGUUUUAUCAGUAGAAUUUCUUUGUUCACUUUUCCUCUCUAAAAUACGUUACUGAAAAUUUCAGAUUUCUGAAAAUCUUUAUUCAUAUCCUUUUAUUUAUUAUUUCAAUUUUUAUCCUUUUAAAAAUGGCUUCAGUAAUACCGGCAGUUUCACGAUUGUCAAAUAGAAUAAUUAGAAUACUGGGUUGCAAUCCAGGACCUAUGACUUUACAAGGUACAAAUACGUAUUUGAUCGGCACCGGAAAGAAUCGAAUUCUCUUGGACACUGGGGAUAAAGAUGUUCCAGAAUACCAGAAAAACUUAUCAGAAGUUGUUAGUUCAGAGCAAGUAAAUAUUGAGCACAUAAUUGUUACACAUUGGCAUCAUGAUCAUAUUGGUGGCUUGGAAAAUAUUUUUGGGACUAUUGCAAAAAAUCCAAAAAUCUGGAAGCAUAAGAGGGAUACUAAUGAUGCAGCAGAUUCAGAUAUACCCACCAUUAAAAUGAACUGGCUCACUGAUGGACAGGAGAUCAAGGUAGAGGGAGCUACUCUCAAAAUACACCAUACACCAGGUCACACCACAGACCAUGUCGUCCUUACAUUAUUGGAAGAAAAUAUUUUGUUCAGUGGUGACUGUAUUCUUGGUGAAGGCACUGCUGUUUUUGAAGAUCUAUUCACAUAUAUGAAGAGUUUGAAUAGAAUAUUGGAAUUGCAACCUGGUGUUAUCUAUCCAGGCCAUGGGAACAUUGUGGAGGAACCUUUGGAAAAAAUACGAUAUUAUAUAGCUCAUAGGAAUCAAAGAGAAGAGCAAAUAUACCAGACUCUCAAGAACAAUGCAGAUAAACAACUGAAUGAAAUGGAUUUAGUCAAGAUGAUCUAUACAGAGACACCAGAACACCUGUGGCCUGCGGCAGCUUAUAAUGUAAACCACCACUUAACAAAGUUGACUAAAGAAAAUAAGAUAAAAUCAAUCAAUAUUGAUGGUGAAAGUAAAUGGCAGUAUAUUCCUAUACAAAGUAAUUUAUGAAUGUUUUUUUUUUGUUAUGUUACAAUAAAAAGGUUUUGUUUGA